UUUUUAACACCCACCCGUCAAUAUUUACCUGGUAACGCGAACGCAGAUCAGACAAGGAACUGAGAUAUAUUUGUCGUCGAUCAGCACUUUGUGAAGAGCACAGGGAACUGACUGUUUAUGACAAAAAUACAGUUAUCAAAGACGACACAAUCAGAUUAGAAUACAAUGACAAGCUCUGUGUAUUCAUCAACACCAGAGACAACGAAUGCUAACAGAGCUUGCCGUGCUGUACUCGGGCCCUGUACAGAUGGACUCCGGGACACACUGCGUUACUGCGUCCCGCCACACACAUUCCCUCAUGUUGUCAAACUAAAUAAACUCAAUCUUCCUCGAUCACUGACGGCAGUUCAGCGAAACCUCAUUUUACCAAAAGUUGGAAAUUAUACAGGACGAUAUGAUGACAUGGACAUCUCAUUAUUGUAUAUCUUAUUGAGAAACAUAACCAACAUAUCUCCUCACUCCAAAGGCUGGGGCAACGAUCCCGAACCCCGUGACUCGAGUCUAUCGGCCAACAUUGAGAGAAUUCGAUUGGUCCGGAAUCGUUGUGUUCACUCAUGUGAUCCAUCCAUGUCCAACUCAGACUUUAACUCCAUCUGGUCCACCAUUAGAUCAGUUAUGGUGGAUCUGGAUGCCUUCCUUGUGAAUGGAAACAAAUAUGAAAAGGAGGUAGAUUUCCUACGUCACGAGUCGAUGGACCCUGAAAAUGACCUACAUUACGAAGAAGAACUGAGGAAGCAGGUGGAGGAAGAUACCAAGACGAGGGAAAUGGUGGUCAACCUUGAGAGUAGGAUAGAAGAAACUGUCGUGGAAGCCAGGAAAUUGGAUGGUAGGAUAGAAGAAACUGUCGAGGAAGCCAAGAGAUUGGAUGGGAGGAUAGAAGACACAUCAGAGAGAGUGGAGAAGUUGGAUGGUAAGAUAGAAGAAACUGUCGAAGAAGCCAGGAGAUUGUAUGAUAAAAUGGAGAAGAUAACAAAGUCCCCCAUCCCCCCAAAUGUGAGAGAGCAAUACGAUGUUGAUGUUCAGAAAUGGAGAAAGAAAGACAAGCUUUACUAUGAAACCCACAACUUUCCGUCAGUGAUGGAGACGGUGAGAAACCAACCUCACACAACGUUUGUUGGUGUGCCCGGGUCUGGGAAAUCUGCCACGGCUCACCACAUUGCCCUCAAGCUCCAGGAGGAAGGUUACGAGGUAGUACCAACCAAAGACAUCAGGAAGAUGGAAGACUAUGGUGAUCCCAGGAAUCCGCAGGUUUUCGUUAUUGAUGAUAUGGUGGGUGUCUUUGGCCUACAGAAAACUAUGUUAGAUGUGUUGAUUAAUUAUGAACAGAAAAUAAAAGAUCUUUGCAUGAUGGAGUCUAAAACUUUGAUGACAUGUAGAGAGACUGUGUUCAAUGAGACACUACCUUACAAACCAUUCCUUACCAAAGAAGAGGCUGUGAUUAAGUUACACAGUUCUAAUAAUGCAUUGAAUGACAAUGACAAAAAACAGAUUCUCAAGAAGUAUGGUAUAAGUGUAGAUCUAAUGUCGCCUGCAUUGCUGACAUCAACAUCUGACAUGUUUCCUCUUCUCUGUAAAUUGUUUUCAAAGGAAACAAAAUUUAAAGCCCUUGGUUCAAAGUUUUUCUUGAAUCCAGCCCCAUGUAUCAUUGAUGAACUUAAUGAUAUGCAAAGACAUAACAAACUGAAUUAUGCAACACUUGUUUUGUGUAUGCUAAAUGAAAAUAUUCUCUCAAACGACAUCUUAAAAGAUAGAGAAGAUGAACAUUUCAUAAAAAUGAAAAAUAACACUUUGGAAAAUUGUGAAUUAGAAAGCCAGACUGAUGCAUUCAAGUUUGUGAAAGCCUUGUCAGCAAUGGAGGGGACAUACACAAAACAAUCUGGUGCUCAAUACACAUUUAUACAGGACUCCAUGUUUGAAAUAUGUGCUCAUCAAUAUGGCAAACAGUUUCCUGACCAAAUGUUGCUGUAUAUGAGUAGUAAUUAUAUUGCUAAUCAUGUCAAACCGCAGACUAGUGAACCAGGUAUUGUUAACAAAAUGAAAGUGAAAAUGAAUGAUUCUCAAUCUAGUAAGGGGGGUGAGAGUAGCGAUUAUAGUGAUAUCAAAAAGAAGAAAAGUGAUGAUAAAAGCAAUGAGAGAGAGGAAUCAUUUGAUCUGUGUAUAAGGUUACGUGAGGAUCAGUACCCACUGUUAGCAGAGAGAUUGUACAGAGACAUACGGAACAUGGAUCUAUAUGAUGUUUUCAGGAAUCGGGUUUUAAAACACCCCCAGGUGUGUCAGGCUUUUAUUGGUGUGUUAGAGACAAAAUCAUACACAGAAUUAAAAUAUGUAUUUCUGUCCAGUCAGCGAGAGGUAGAUAAGAUAGAGAGUGUAGAGGAGGGGAGUGAGUGGGAGAGUAAACAAGAGUGUGUGGAGGAGGAUAGUGAGGAGGGGAGUGAGUGGGAUGAGUUGGAGAGACAGAAGGUGCUGGUGGAUGAGAGGUAUAAACAAGGAAUACAUUAUGAAUACACGUACAAUGUGAAGGUGAUCAGCUGGGUGAUUUACUAUGGACAUUAUCAGAUAUUAGAGUACAUAGUACAACAGACAGAACUACACAAUGAAAUAAGUGAAUUAUUUGGGAUAACAGGAAAUUCCCCACAUCAAUCUAACUCUGGGAUAGAUACAAGUAAUAAACAGGAAAGUGAAAUCAAUAGGCUAGUAGAAGAGUGUAGGUUACUUGUAUUGAGUUGUUAUAGUGGAAAUGUACAGACAGUCAGAGUUCUGCUUCCCAUCUGUAAGAAAACAAUCAAUGGGAUAGAUAAGAUCAGUAAAGGUAUACAGUGGUCUUGUUUACCUCUUAAUGCAGCAUGUAAGGGAGGACAUGUGAGUGUGGUGAAAGAGCUGGUGAAGGUGGGAGCUGAUGUCAAUCUACAGGAUAGAGAAGGGAAUACACCACUGACAGCUGCAUGUUAUAGAGGACAUUUGUGUGUGGUGAAGGAGCUGGUGAAGGCGGGGGCUGAUGUCAAUCUACAGGAUUAUUUCGGGAAUACACCACUGAUAGCUGCAUGUGAUGGAGGACAUGUGAGUGUGGUGAAGGAGCUGUUAAAGGCAGGGGCUACUAUCAUUCUACAGGGUAUAACAUGGAAUACACCAAUGAUAGCUGCAUGUAAAGGAGGACAUGUGAGUGUGGUGAAGGAGCUGGUGAAGGCAGGGGCUGAUGUCAAUCUACAGAUUAACAAUAUACCGAGGAAUACACCACUGAUAGCAGCAGUAAGAGAGGGUUCUUUAUCAACAGUGAAAUUUCUAGUGGAACAUGGAGCUGACUGGGUUACUCAGGUUGUUGAUAUCGAUGUGUCAACAGUAUAUAAAGCAUUAAUAUGGAACAAACCAGAUAUAGUGAAAUAUCUCAUACAGGAACAAAAUAAAAUUAUUCCAGGUAAAUAUAAUGGAAAUGUACACCUAUUUAACUGUCUGCUGGACAUCAGACAUGCUGGAGUUAAAACAGACAGUAGGGAUGAUGUGGUGGUGACAGACAGAUCAGUGUGGUGUAUGUGUGAAUUGGGAGAUUUGUGGAGUACAAUAUAUAGAGGAGACUGUGAUGUGCUGAGACGUCUGUUGUGUGUGGGUCUGGAUGUCAAUCAGUCAAUACAGUUGUAUGAUGUGUUCCAUUUUAAGUCUGAUGUGAGACCUCUGUUGUAUAAACUGCUUGAUGAGCAUUUUAUUUAUGAAAUUAUUCAUAGAAUGGAGAAGGUGAGGAUGCUGCUGGGGGCGGGGGUAGACGUCAAUGUCAGGGUGAGGUAUAGUGAGUAUGACUCUGUGUUAGACAUGGAGGGAGAUUGUGAGGAUGACUCUGUGUUAGACAAAGAGGGCGUGUCUGUUGUAGAGAGGAUGAGGCGACUGGUGUGUAAGUACAGUGAUAGUGAAGAUUGGUUAAACAGAGGCAGGGUGCCAGAGUACAAGAGAGUGAUGUGUGAUAUAAGGAAACAUGUUAGAAGACACUCUGUAUAGCCCCUGAUAUAAAAGUAGAGAUAUGUCGUUACUGAAUACAAGAGAAAGAAACAUGUCAGAAGACACCCUGUAUAGUCCCUGAUAUAUACUCAGUAGAUGUACUCAGUAUAAAACCCGAUAAGUUACCAGUAUCUUUGUACAUAAUGCUACUUAAUGGAUUGCCCCGCAAAUCUCUCUCGUUACUUUUCCACUCAUCUGUGUACAAUGAUAAAGCGUUUAACAUAUUCUGCGAUAUAUGUCAAAAGCAAAUAUAUGUUUAACAUUAAAUGUUUGUAGAAUUCAGUUAUUUUCUAUGAUAUCAUUGUCUAACUCGUUGAUUAUAAUUAGGUGUACUGUUUAUAUUGCUUAAGGUUUCUGUUUAUGUACUAUACAUGUUUAUUUACCAUACAAUCAGUAUCUAGUUCUUCUGGUACAGUAUAUUGGACGAUU